GAGUUGUUCGGAUACCCAUGCGCAUCUCGUGUUUGUAAAGAUGGCGGAAAGUUCGAUCGGUUUUCAGUCUUCUGUGCAUUGCGAUGCUCAAACAACCAACAAUUCUGUCAGACAAUCUUCACAAUCAUCAAGAAAAAUAACCGUAUCCCCAAGUUACAGCUCUCCCAGUUCAACCGGAAAUGGUGUCCCUGCUAGGACCUGUGACUGGACUAGAAGUCUUGUUGAUGAACUUGGGCUACGUUGUGUAUGUAAACAUCCAUCAGAUAUCGUGACUGAACACAUGUCUGCCGCCUUAGCUUACCUCCUUCCUCAUGAAAUCAAUGAUCUCGAUAAACUGACGGACAUACUGGGCAAUCUGAACAAUCUCGAUGAUGAAAGUUUGUGUGAAGUCGACUUCAAAUCUCUCAAAUAUUUUCCUCCUCAUGAGGCUGAACUUCGGAAAGAAGUAACAUUCAAGGAAAUUGAUAUAUCGACAUAUUCAAUCUUUCUGAAAAGAUUUGGAUUGGGUCUCUGGUAUGCACUGAAGGAAAAUCAGCCAGUGAUUUCGGAGGUCAAGUAUCAGUACUUAUACGAACAAUUCCUUCAGAUGUUUGGAGUUCUAGUCUUGGCACAGCCUGUAGUAAACACAGAAUCUACUAAGAUAUUUAGAAAAGAAGUUUCCUUAAGGGCAGAUAUUGUGUGCGUAAGUCAAAAGGACGAUGUGAGGUGUUCCGUGGCAGUGUGUGAGGUCCAAAAAGAAUGUUGUUCUGCAGACAUAGAUGUGGGACCAACAGCUCCUAAGUUAAGAAGGACAGACAACACCUCAGAAGAUCUCCCAGUCGCUAAGGAGAACACAAGUCUACCAGAUGGACUACCAGCCCAACAUGUCGGACAACUCCUGACCUACUUACCAAAAUCAAUUUGUAAAGAGGCUCUUCUGGGAAUGACCGUGGACAAAACCAGUGUCACAUUUACGAGGUUAUUCAUGAAGGCAGAUACAAUGACAAGGAUUCGAACAUCAUCACGCGAUUCAGUUAGAUUAAAAGAAGAAGAGAGACCAAUUAUCUACUACAGCAAACCGUACAACUACCUUCUGAAAAAGGAUAGAAAGGAAAUUGUUAAAGCCCUUCUGACUCUGACAAUAUUAGAACAUCGAAGAGUGAAAAAAACCUAAGCAGUGGUUAAUUUUGUUCAAGUCAGUCUGAUCAGCAUUUGUUUUAUGAACGGGUCAUAGUUUAGACCAGUCGAUAUAAAGCUUGUCACAUGUAAUAAAUUAAUAAGUGAC